CAUAUAUACACACAUAUAUAAUCAAUUUUGAGAUAGAAAUUAAGAUGGUAAUUUCACUCAGAUUCAUUGCUGUAGUUAUUGCUUACAACGUUUCUCCGACAAGCAUUGGCAGCGAAACAUACAGUUGGAGGAAGCCAAGGUUGGGAUGAAUCCACUGAUUUCGACACGUGGGCUUUUGAUGAUUUUGUUCUGCCAUCCAAAAAAUAUGCUGAUGUAAUUAUACCUCGUGGAGGUGACAAACUGACAAUCAUGUUGCAAUUGACUUGAUUGUCCAACAUCUUCGCACUAAACUUGGGCAGCACAUCCAAAUGUCACUGUCAUACAGUCAACCUUCCAGAUUAGAGGUCCUGAUUCGAGACCGAGACAUUUCAAAACAUGAUUUUGUAUUUUACUCUGACAGGCUUAUACAUCUGGUUGCGGAACAUGGUCUUGGUCAUUUACCUUUCACCGAGAAACAAAUUACCACCCCGACUGGGUCGAUAUACACUGGUGUUGACUUUUGCAAGAAACUUUGUGGGGUUUCCAUUAUUCGGAGUGGGGAAAGCAUGGAAAACGCAUUACGUGCUUGUUGCAAAGGGAUUAAAAUUGGGAAAAUCUUGAUCCACCGCGACGGUGACGAUGGGAAGCAGCUCAUAUAUGAAAAGCUUCCUAAUGAUAUCCGUGAGUGCCAUGUCCUCCUCCUCGACCCUUCCUUGCUACAGUUAUCUUUUCUGCCAGGUAACUCUGCUAAUCAGGCGAUCGAGUUACUCAUACAGAAAGGAGUGCCAGAAUCUCACAUCAUAUUCCUAAACCUCAUAUCAGCACCCGAGGGCAUACAUUGCGUCUGCAAACGCUUCCCAUCCUUGAAGAUUGUGACAUCAGAGAUUAACGUAGCCCUGAACAAAGAAUUCCGUGUCAUACCGGGUAUGGGAGAAUUUGGCGACCGUUACUUUGGCACAGAUGAUUGAUCGUUGCUGGUCGAGACGAGCCUAUCGUCCGUAUUUUAAACUGUAUAUUGUAUUAAUCCAUGUUUGUUCUGUUCGAGCACGAAGCUUUUGUACUUGCUCUUUCUCAAUCAAUGGCUUUUACCAGUGGAUGUAUUUUUCUAA